CCGUCCUCCCCUCCCGCCCUCACCGUGCCCCCUCUCCCCGCAGUGCUCUGCUGGGCCCUCACGGGCUCGCUGCUGCUGACCUGCCUGGUGCCGGCGGGGCUGCUGGCGCUGCGCUACUACUACAGCCGGAAGGUGGUCCUCGCCUACCUGGACUGCGCCCUGCACACGGACAUGGCCGACAUCGAGCAGUACUACAUGAAGCCGCCCGGUGAGCCCCGGCCCAGCUCCUCGUCCUCUCUGCCCCUCCUGGCCUCGCCCACCUCAGCAGCCCCAGGCCAAGCUGGGGGGGCCCCGCGACUAGGCUUCUGGGUGACUGAGGGCCUGGCCGGGAUUGGGGGACAGGGCCUGGGGCAGAGCUCGGCCUUUGGUGCUGACCCGAGGGGUUGUGGCCCUCAUGGCCUCUCUGGCUGGCCGCGGUGUCUCGCCAAGGCGCUGGGCCGCAAGGUGCUGGAGUUCGCCGUGGUGCACGACUACUCCGCCGUGGUGCUGGGGACGACGGCCGUCAAGGUGGCCGCCCACAAGCUCUACGAGUCGCUGGGCUUCAGACACAUGGGCUGCAGUGACCACUACGGGCUGCCCGGGCUGCUGCUUCCCUCCAGCCUGGGCGCCAACUGCUCCAGAACAUGCCCUGAGAUGUGAAUUUUAUACGUUUGUAGAAAUCCUGACUUUACCUCUUCUACCUCUGAAGCGUCCUCCCCAGGCCGCUCAGUGAUGAGUCUCUAGCUUCUCCGAGCUGGCCUGGCAGCCUGGGCCCUCCUCCCUGCGGGCCCCAGGGGUGCCCCCUGAGGCUCCGGAAGAGUGAGCCGGGUCAGGGGUUGCUCAGGGGUCGGGGCUCCCAGGACCCCUGUUGUCUGGAAACCUGUUUGGGAGCACAGAGCAAGAGGCAGCGUGUUGCGGAAUGUUCGUUAGCUGGGCAGCUCCAGGCGGUGGGAUCCAGGGCAGCUGAGGGCUCCUGGGCCUGGCCUGGCGCCACCAGGGUCUUGGCAUGUGGCUGGUGGCCCUCCCCAGGGCAGCUCCCACUGCCCAGCAGGCCCCCCGGGUAGGUCUGCAGGUGCUGAGGCGCCAUGUGGGAGGGCCAGUGGCCUCUCCCGUUGCACCCCCACGUGUCCGGCUUGGCCUCCCGGUGCAGCCGGGAGGAGAGGGCGGAGGGCAGGGAUGCUGCCUGGAGGGUGAGGCCUGCCCUGGGGAAGGUGUGGGCUGGAGGCCCUGCCACAGGCGGCCUGAGGCCAGGGGUCCUUGCUGGCCCCUCCAGCUCUGGGGGUCUUUUCUCCGAGAAGCCCCUUGGAGGGAGGGUGGGGGCUCCCGGAGGCUUCUGAGGCGUGGGGGCCGUGGAGCUGGCUCUGGCCUCGGGGCACGUUGGCGAUCCGAGUGCCUGUGGAGUGGCCGCCUGGGUGGGCUGGAACCCCUUCCUGUCCGUGUCCAGCCAGGUGGGCGGCAUCGCUGCGUCGGUUUGAAGCGACUUCUGAGUCAGUUCUGGCCCGGUGCUGUGUUCUGUGCUGGGGCCUUCCCAGGAGGCUUUGGGGUCAGGUCUGGGCUGGGAAGGGCAGGCCCUGGGAGGUGGGCUCCUUGAUGCCCAGGACACGCCCUGUGGGUGUGGCCAGAGCUACUGGGUGUUUUUUAAACAGCAAUAAUUAGCCCUUUGGGAGAAGGGGUGCCGGCACGUGCACACGAGUGUGUGUGUACCCUGUGCACUCGGGCACGAGUGUGGUGACGGAGGGAGCCUGGGCAGGGAGGCCGGGAGGUGCUGUGCUGGGCCUGUGGGGCCGGGAACUGUGAAUGGGGCGCUCCUUCCCAGCGGGGGUGCUGGGCGGCUGGGCAUGGAGGUGGCAUGACCCAGACGAGCCUCUGCCUGGGUCUGGGCGUGGGGAGGGUGGCUGAGGUCAGACUUGGUGACGGGGAGUCACCUCGCCUGGCUGUGGCCACGGCUGGCAUGGACGCGGCGGCUAGCCCGGUGGGCCCGGAGCCUGUCAGGUGCCUGGCUUACUGUUGUGAGCCCACGACUGGGUGACUCCCGAGACCCCAGGAUGUGCCAAACCACCCCCAGGAGGGCCCAGGGCAGCGGCGAGCUGAGCUCCAGAGGGACAGGCUGCAGGGCCGGGGGGGCAGGGUCCCCGCUCCUGUGGGUGUGUGAGCAGCAGGCGGGGUGUGGGGGUGGCCCUUCGACCUGUGUGCCCUGAUGCUGCUGUUUUUCAAUAAAACCAGAGCUGGCGGAAUCGGCCUCCGUGCUUUCUU